CUAGUACUCUAAGCAGCUACAUGUCACAUCGCUUUAUUAUUGGACUCCUGCCUGGAUCCGUCUCAUUAACACCCACUCAUCACUACUUUGAGAUUGCCAACUUACCUACAAGCGGCAAACGCCAGCGACUUUGCUGACAGCCAUCAAGCAAAUUCUCAUUGUGAAAUGUGCUAUCCAUAAGACGAACUACACCCACCACAAUGGAUAUCCCUGACCAUCUUAUGGAUGGUGAUGUGAUGGACACCACAGAGGUCCACGAAACUACAAUAAAUAUGGAUCCUUUUGUGCUAGACAUGAGAUCUCCAGUUGCACAAACAAAACAUCAGAAGCUCUCAAAUGGUGACCGAGUCGCUCACUCAAGAUCACCAUCGUUUCGUCAAGAAAUAAUGACGACUACAGCAAAGCCAGCUUUGGAGCAGCUGCCUUAUUCAACCUCUCAGACUGGCCUCGUGUACGAUGUCCGCAUGCGGUUCCAUGUGGAGGUCCGCCCAGAAGUCAACCAGGGCGUGCAUCCAGAAGACCCACGGCGGAUCUACGCGAUAUACAAAGAACUAGUUGAUGCGGGCUUGGUCGACGAUCCAAGCACAGUCAGUCUGGCACCCUCGGUACUUGCAAGGAUCCCGACGAGGUUCGUCACCAAACAGGAGGUCUGCGCGGUGCACUCGGAGCGACAUUGGGAGUUCGUCAUCAGUCUAGAACUUUGGGACAACGAAGAUCUUCACAACGGCGGUUCUCAAAUGGAUAGUAUCUAUCUAUCCAAGAACUCCCCAAUGUGCGCAAGGCUGUCAGCUGGAGGUGCGAUCGAGGCUUGUCGGGGUAUUCUCAAUGAACAUGUCAAGAACGCGAUUGCAGUAAUCCGACCUCCCGGUCACCAUGCCGAACAUGACGAACCGAUGGGCUUCUGUCUAUUCAACAAUGUACCCAUCGCCGUCAAAGCCUGCCAGAACGAGUUCAAAGACACAUGUCGUAAAGUCCUCAUUCUCGACUGGGAUGUACAUCAUGGCAACGGCGUACAACAGGCAUUCUACAACGACCCUAACGUGCUGUAUAUCUCCCUUCAUGUCCACCAAGGGGGCAAAUUCUACCCUGCUGGACCAAAGGGUGACCAUCUUCACUGUGGUGAAGGGCCUGGCCUGGGCAAGAACAUCAACAUUCCCUGGAGAACAGCAGGCAUGACGGACGCAGAUUAUGUGCUCGCUUUCCAGAAGAUUGUGAUGCCAAUUGCACAGGACUUCGAUCCGGAUCUGGUUGUGGUUUCUGCCGGGUUUGAUGCAGCAGAGGGUGAUAUGCUUGGGAAAUGUCAUGUGUCACCAGCUGGCUAUGCUCACAUGACGCACAUGCUUAUGUCUUUGGCUGAUGGCAAGGUCGCUGUCUGUCUUGAAGGAGGUUACAACUUGAGGUCGAUUGCGGUUUCGGCUCUUGCAGUCACAAGAACACUAAUGGGAGAACCACCUGGAAGACUUGCGACCACAAUACCCACACCUUCUGGCGUGGACAGCAUCGAGGAAGUUUUGCGUCAGCAAGCCAAGUACUGGCCGUGUCUGUACCCCAAGGAUCCAUCUAAACGCAUCAAGCAAACAGAAGGCGAGCGGAUUCACGACAUUGUCAGGGAGUAUCAAGCUGGCUGGCUGUGGGAAAACUUGGGCAUGUCAGAUCUCUUCAUCGCGCACAGCAAGACAUCAAGGAGUUUCACAAAUCAGGUCUUGGCGACCUCGAACCAUUCUGAAAGCCGUCCGUUGCUGGUCAUAUUUCAUGACCCUCCAGACCUUGUUGGCACACCCGAUCCAAGGACUCAGAGGCUCGAGCUUCACAAUACAUGGCUGACUGAUUCUGUAAAGCAAUAUAUACGAUGGGCUUACGAUCGAGGCUUCGCCGUGAUUGAUGUCAAUGUGCCCAAACAUCUCACAGACCUUGAAGAAACCCACGAGCAUGCGGAAGAAAUCGACGGAAAGAAGACCAUUGACGAGACCCAACUGCUUGCAAAAUACCUUUGGGACAACUACAUUGAGCUGAGUGAAUCGAAGCACAUCUUCAUGUUGGGAAUCGGCAAGGCAUACACAAGCAUUGUCAAUUUCUUGAAAGAGAACGACAGAUGCAGAGAGAGGCUGACCAAGGUCAUUGGCUUCAUUUCCGACGAGUGUACCUUGCCAUCCUACAAGUCCACAACCGACGACUUCUUGGACCGCUGGUACAGAGAUGCGUCCAAGAUCUUUGUGGCCACUGGUCAUUAUGUCUGGGAAAAACAUAAGUUCAAGCCUCCUGGCAAGAAGUGGGGCACGCUGCAAAGGAGCGAUUAUAACGACAUGCAGGAGAUGUUGUCGCAUCAUUGCAAGGAAGUCACAGGUAUCCUGACUGUUUUGACUGACGAUUGGGAGCCGGAAGCUGCGCCCGUGGUGGGUGCCAGCGAGGAAGAGACUUAGAGCACGGCCACAGAUAGUCUUCUAUUUAAAAUUCUGUCAAGGCCGAAUCACUGUGUGUCAAUGACCAUCG